AAUAGAGUAUCGGACGUUAAUUUUCACGGUUAAUUAAACAUUUAAAAAAUCGGUAGCAGUUCGGUUGAUUGUCCAGCUCCUAUUUGCCCGAUGGAAACCAAUGGCUGCAUGGAGGCGGGCUCUAAACCGAAAGCAUGACGCCCCCAAGGAAAAUCCCGUUAACAGGACCAGUCAGGCGUCCCAUUUAGUCCUUCAGAUCAGUUAAGAACAGACAUUUUCACAGUCAAUAGCACAGAGUGGAUGAUUGUUGAAAAUCAUCAGAAAUCGCUGGUAGUUUGGUGAUUAGUGUGAAUGCAGUGUGUGCGGUUGUUUUCGCAGCAAAAGUGAUCUAAAACAAUGGAAUUUCCAGCCGGGCACCAUCAAACUGAGAUUAAAUCAGCUCAGGACUCCCUGCCUUCCAGACCUGUGCCCCGGCCCUUUUCCAUUGAGGCGCUGAUGAGCGACUGCGGGCCGAGAAAAGCUCAAACUUCACCGGUAAUACCGUGGAACAUGUCCCCAAAUGAUCAUGAACAAUAUCAGAAUGUCCGGGACUUUACGACGAGAGAUACCGAUUCGGAUAAUAGUCUGGAUAUGGAUUUGGCCCAGGAUUUGUCUAGGCGGAGUCAAAAAGAUAGCUCAGACUUGGAUGACGAAGACGCUGAAGACAACCAAAACUCAGACGGUGGCCAAGCAGAUGGACCAGGAUCAGCCAAGGCCAGACGUCGAAGAACCGCAUUUACCAGUGAGCAACUUCUGGAGCUGGAGCGAGAAUUUCAUGCGAAAAAGUACCUGUCCCUAACCGAGCGAAGUCAGAUCGCAUCUGCUCUUAGAUUGAGUGAAGUUCAAGUGAAAAUCUGGUUCCAAAACAGACGAGCCAAAUGGAAAAGAGUGAAAGCAGGCCUGGGAACCGGUCCCCAUCAAGGUACCAAAGGAUCGCAGCAAAAGAGCAAACUAGUGGUGCCGAUUCCUGUGCAUGUGAAUCGAUUUGCAGUGCGAAGCCAGCACCAACAGCUGGAAAGGGCUCUGGGUGAUUUGGCUGGAAGGGUGCUGGCCAGUCAUGCCGCUUUAAGGGUUGGCCUGGACCUGCACGGGUUCCAUCCCCAUCCCCAUCCCCAUCCCCAUCAUCAGUCACCGCCGCAUUAGAAUCUUCGGUUAGUGAGUGAGUGAGCGACUGUACAUAAUGUGAAUACCGAAGGUGUGUGCACAACUGAUGUGAUCGAUAUUUUUAAAACGGAAAAAUCAAAUUAUAGGAGCAUUUCAAAAUCGGUUGAUCAAUACAUUUUCCGGUCAGUGCGAAAAGGUGUUUUAGAUUGAGAUCCGGCAAUUUUGUGUGUGAAACAGAUGAAGGGAGAGGUUUUUAGUCGGAAUUUCAGGCCAAUUUUAUGAUGCUUCUUUUAAAGCCAGUUGAUCCCGAAGUUCCUUCAUGUUUUAAUGACCAAAUUCCUAUUAAAUUGCAAAGCUUUCCGCGUUUCAACAACCCCUUGUUCUUUUGAACUAGAAUUUCUUAUUAUUAUUAACGCAAUCAAUAACGAAACAUUUUAAUAUGCGGAUGUGGUUUGACUGAUUUGUCAGCAAGUGACUAGCAGCGAGUUGAUUAAUUAUCCAAAAGUUUCCUGAUGUCUUACUGCCAAAACCAGCAGCAACAUUCUACAUUUUCGGUCAAAUAAUUGAAUUUUUAAAAUCAAUCUAACUUAAAUUUGGGUGAUUAAUAACUUUCCAACUACAGCGCUACAAAAACUCUCGGCAUUUGCCUUAAAGUGUUUCAAUUUUAAAGGCCUUUUGAUGUCUAAUAGGUUUGAACAUUCUGUAUGUUUAAGUGAAGACAAGCAGCCACCGGGUGCUGAAAAUGAGAAAUUCUGGCAUUAGACGUUUUAAGGCGGAAACUUGCAUGAACUCCGUCGGAUCAAGUUUUUCUAGUUUUGACUGGAUCCAAUGUGCAAAGUUCUAGAAACUUUCCCAAUAAUCAGCAAAAAAAGUUCAUGCUAGAUUUAAAUGGCAAAUUUGAUUGAAGCUACGCAACCUCUCUCUUCUCUUUUAAACGAAAAUCUAAAUUUCUCUUAAUUUUCAAAACAGAGUGUUUAUAAACAAUGUAAAUAGAAUAUGGUGCAAUAGUCAUAGCGUGUAAGCAUUUAUCGUUUAAGGGCAUUUUCUUAAUGUAAACUCUCAGUCAUAUGCAAACAAUCAUUACUCCCUCAAACAUGUAGAUAAACAGUUCGCAUUAGGAUUCGUUGCUUGGAACCAACCAAAACCGAACCAGAUGAAUAUUUUUCGAAGAAUCACCCUUAGGUUGUUUGUACAUUUGAUGAAUAAUAGCAAUAAUUAUUGUAGACUAAUAAAGUUGCAUUGACAGUGAAA